AUGUCUUCAAAGCACUUUCGUAUAGAUGAGCACAAGCUAGAAGCAUCACAUAUCCGUGGCUUCCCACGCUCCACAUCGACGAAGCAGGAAGAAGUCCUACAUCUCGCCGUCAAGCAAUACACACCUCUCGACAACACGAGCCCGAAACCUGGAGACAUCACCAUCAUCGCAGCGCAUGCGAAUGGAUUCCCGAAAGAGCUGUACGAGCCACUAUGGGAUGAGCUCCUGAAGAGAUGUCAGCAAAAUGGGUUUGGCAUCAGAGGAAUUUGGAUAGCAGAUGUCGUGCACCAAGGCAUGAGCAGCGUUCUGAACGAAGAUAAGCUAGGCAAUGACCCGGCAUGGCUUGAUCAUAGCAGAGAUCUACUUCACAUGGUAAACAUCUUCCGCGACCAGAUGCCUCGCCCGAUAAUCGGCGUAGGCCAUAGCAUGGGCGGCUGCCAACUCGCCAACCUCGCAUUGCUGCAUCCACGUCUCCUCGAGACACUAAUCCUCAUCGACCCCGUCAUCCAAGGCAAAGUCUCACUAAACGGCAACGUCGGACCAGCCGCCGCAUCAUCACGACGACGCGAGCGCUGGCCCUCACGCGAAGAAGCAGCCAAGAGUUUCGGCAAGAGCAAGUUCUACCAAACGUGGGAUCCACGAGUCCUUGAUCUCUGGGUGCAGUACGGUUUACGAGACGCACCAACAAAGUUGUUUCCCGACGCGAAGAAGCCCGAGGUAACUCUGACGACGACCAAGCACCAGGAAGUAAUGACUUUCCUACGCCCAAACUUCACCGCAAGACCAGGAGACAAGGAACCGUCAUCUGCGGAAUUCACAUUGAGCAACCCGAAAUUGAACCGGAGGACGCAUGCCGAUAUCACGCCGACUACUGAACCCCAGACGCCCUUCUACCGGGGCGAGAGCACCAUCGUCUUCAACCAGCUACCAUCAAUCCGGCCAUCGGUAUUCUACAUUUUCGGCCAACACUCUUUCCUCACUGAUGAUGCCGUCAUCGAGGAUAAAAUGCGUCUGAGUGGGUCCGGUGUUGGCGGCAGUGGCGGACGCGCUGAAGGACGAGUAGCGAAUGUCACGGUGCAAGAUGCUGGGCAUCUGAUUCCGAUGGAGAAGGUGGAGGAGAGUGCGGAUCAUAUUAGCAAAUGGGUCGGCCAGGAGAUGAAGAGGUAUUGGGAUUGGGAACGCAAGACGGAGGAGGAAUGGGAUGGGAAGCAAGGCGUGGAUAGGAGUGUGUUGCCUGAACGGUUUGUCGAGGAGUUGAACGCUUUGAUUAAGCCGAGGGAGAAGAAGCCGUCGAAGCUCUGA